UCGGUUAGUUCAGUUCAAAGACACUCUUAUAUCAGAAGGAAGUACUCGUAUAUUCUUCUCAUUAAGGAAAACUUUUGAAUUAGUAUUAUUGUUUAUAAAAUUUCAAGUUUGUUAUUAUUGCGGUGUGCAAAAAAAAUUCCUAAAACAUAAAUAAAUAUUUUGAAAAACAAAAUGUUGGUUAAACAAAAGGCACGUUAUAUUCUCGACUUAAAUGCCGAAGAAAGAAAUGAGUUCCUAAAAUCCUUUGACAUCGUCCUCAGUGAUUGUGACGGUGUCAUCUGGAUGUUGGCAGGUCCAAUCCCAGGAGCUGGACAUGUUAUAAACCUUUUUUUGAAAGCUGGUAAAAAAUACAAACUUAUUUCAAACAACAGUUUGCGUCCUGACGAAGAGUAUUUGAGUUUGUUAGCAGAAAUGGGAGUUAAAGAUAUUGGCACUAAUGAUAUUGUUCAUCCAGUGAAGACAAUUGGAAGAUAUUUACAAAAAUACAAACCUGGCCAACCUGUUUACUCCAUGGGAUGUGAUAUAUUCAACGAAUAUCUCCGAAAGUCAGGAAUUGAAGUUCAAACUUUAGAAUCUCGAGAUGAUUGGACUUUUCAACUUCUCUCAAAAUCAUUGCAACCAGUUAAGCCAGUCGGUGCAGUUGUCUUCGACUUGAGUCUGAAUAUGACUUACGCAGGUCUAGUUCACGCUCAACAGCAUUUAAAAAAGAAUCCAAACACAGACUUUAUUGUCGGCGCCACAGAUGAACAUGCUCCAGUAUCCAAAGAUUUGGUGGUUAUUGGACCAUCUGGAUUUAUUCAGCUUUUGAAAGAGAAUACUGGCAAAGAGCCCAUUGUUUUGGGCAAACCCGGUCCAUUGUUGGGAAAUUUCCUCAAAGAGCAUUUUCAAAUAAAAGAUCCGAAACGUGCUAUUUUCUUUGGAGACGCCUUGCAACAGGAUAUUAAAUUUGGCAUUUCAUGUGGUUUUCAGACACUUCUGAUGCUCUCUGGAGCAACAACAAAACAACAGAUGCUUGCUCUGCCAGAAGAAUUAAAACCAGACUAUUAUGCAAAUGGUAUUGAAGAUUUGAAGGCAUUAUUUGAGCAACAAAAGUAGACUACUAUCUAGAUUAAGACCAAAAACAAAAACAAAACCAAACUACAUUAAUAUUCGUACAAAACCACAGAGAAAGUAUUUUUUAAAUAAAUGUUGAAUGAAUGAUGUGAAGAAGGAAAACUAUAUUGUGUAUGUAAAAUUGUAAAAUGAAACAUAAAAGUGAAUCUGUUAAUUUUAGUUUAUUAUUAUUUAUUAAGCAAGAAUAAAUCUUACACAAAUAGCUGUGCUUCAUGUUGAAUGUUAAAACAA